AUGGACUUUGAUUCUGGCACCUUCUUCAAAGCCAGGCUCCACAGAGAAUUUUCAGCCCCGCGGGUGCGGGGAGCGCUGGCGCAGCCCCGGCCCGGGCGGGGCGGCCCCGGGCGGGCCGUGGGAGUCGGGAGCGGCCGGGCUGUGAUGAACGGAGGGCUCCGAGGGGAGCGGCCCGGGCCGGCCGUGGGCGUGCGGGGCCUGGCGGGGCUCGGGGGGCCGGGCCGGGCCGGGCAGAGGCUGAGGGAGAGCGGGACAAGCGCUGGCACAGAGGCCCCGGGCUCGCCGUGCCCCCCUGGCCACGCAGCCGGGCUCGGGGGCCGCCUGACUCAGAGGCAGCCCCGGCUGCGGGGGUCCCCGGGGCUCUCUGGGGAGGGGGCGUAUCCCUCUCCCCUUGCCCGCCCGGGACAUGCCCCCGGCCCGCUCCUGGCCACGGCCCCGGCGCCGGCCCCGGCCCCGGCCGCGGCCCCGGGCGUCCUGUCCCGCUCUCGCCACCGCCCGGCUCCGGCCGAGCUGGCACUGGCGCUUCUGGGCGGGCCUCAGUGCCUGGGGCUGGGGCGCGCUGACCGCCGCGUCUCUUCCCCAGGGAAGGCGCAGGAGGCCCUGCAGCAGCGCUACAGGAUCGGCUCGCUGCUGGGGCGCGGCGGAUUCGGCAGGGUUUUCUCGGCCACUCGGCUCUCGGAUGGCGCCCCGGUGGCCAUCAAAAAGGUGCCACGGAACCGCAUCCGGGACUGGGGCGAGCUGCCCGACGGCACCAGCGCACCACUGGAGAUUGUGCUGCUGGACAAGGUGUCCACAGGCUUCUCCGGUGUGGUGCAACUGCUGGAAUGGUUUGAGCUCCCCAAGCACAUCGUAAUGGUGCUGGAGCGCCCAGAGCGAUGUGAGGACCUGCGGCGCUACAUUCGGGCACGGAUAUUCCUGUCCGAGGAAGAGGCGCGGGAGCUUUUCCAGCAGGUUCUGGAGGCCGUGAAGCACUGCACCAGCUGCGGGGUCCUUCACAGAGACAUCAAACCGGAGAAUAUCCUGGUUGAUCUGGACACCGGCGAGGCAAAAUUGAUUGACUUUGGCUGUGGCACCUACCUGCAGGACACAGCUUACACACAAUUUGCAGGAACACGAUCAUACAGACCCCCGGAAUGGACCAACUUCGGAUGGUACCAUGGCGAGGCAGCAACCGUCUGGACCCUGGGCAUCCUGCUGCAUGAGAUGGUCUGCGGGAAGCACCCUUUCAGGAGGGGCUGGAACAUCAGCUGGGGCCAUCUCCUGCUGCCACAACAGCUCUCCCAAGGAAGCGUUCUUGGUCGGGUCUAG